AUGGUGGUGGCGAAGAAGAAGAUGACGAAACAAUGGCAAAAAAUACAAAAAGAUGAUGGCGAUGAUGGUGAUUAUGAUGUACAAGAUGGUGACGACCGGAAAAAUGGAAAUAAUAAUAAUAAUAAUAAUAAUAAUAAUAAUAAUAAAGAGAAGGCUGACCUCGCUUGGUCGAUGGCUUGCAGAAAUGAGAUAAGAAAUUAUAACGAUUGGCUGGAUGUGCAGAGCUGCAUGGAUGAAUCGGACCCGAGCGAGAUCAUGAAAUUUGAAAGAAGUCAUUUGUGUUGCCCGAAAAUGAUUCUUUCAAUAUUAACCGCCAUUAUUCUCUUAAGAACUGCACAUAGUAAUGUAUCACAUCACGAUAGAUCAUUCUAUCACAUGGAUGGUCUCUUUUAUUCUACAACUAUUCAGUUGUCGCAGGGUUCAUUUCUGGACAGGAUUGAAUAUUUGAUCCACGAACAACAUAACACGAUAGAAAAGCCAGAAGACUCAUUAUUAAUGAGCAGCCAAGCAAAGCAUUCGACUCAAGGCACCAGUCAGUUUAACACGAGUACAUUAUCGCCACAUGUGUUAAUGAGCCGCCCACACAUCAAGUAUUACCAGGAUAUUAAGAAUCUGAAAGGCAACAUUUCAUUACAAGUCCUGUCGCUAUCGUUUGACUCCACCAACAAUCUCCUUUUAAUGCAAACUGCCGCCAAGGAUGAGAGUCGUUUCACGCUCCUGAUCGGAUCGCUCUGUGGCAAGCUAUUUUCGAAUUAUACACUGUUAGACUAUAGUGACUUGCGCGAUCGCAGAGACAAGUUUGAGAAUAUUUUGAAACUGGCAUCUUCUGAAGUAAAUGUAAAGGGAAAAAUUCACAACUUGAGAUCUAAGAAGAACGAUUUACAUGAUAAAAACAUUGAUACCGAAUCAAAAACAAACAAUUUUCAGCAAAGCAACUUGAACCAUCAGCUUGUUUUGUUAUACAAAGAAGCGAAAAGUUUAGAUUUUGCUAAAAUUGGACCAUUCGCGAUUCACGAUAAAAAAAUUUUCUUCGUUUUACAAAAGUUUGAUCUGUCUGAUAUAAAAUUGAAAACCAACGUUAUAGAGAUUCGAGAGUUACAUUCCAAAUGCAGAGACGGAUCUGAACUGGAAUACCCGAUAUUAGCCACGGAUAGUUUGUUUGAUUUGCUGGAAUGCUCCACUCACGUGUCGGAAAUUGUUAAAGAACAGUACGUGGGUACGAAUUCCUUCCGUCCAUUGGAUGUCUUACUUGUAGUGCCAGACAAGCAGGUUCUCUACUUCUUUAUCCAAAUUUUAAAAAUUUCAAAUAUCUCGUCGACAGACUCAAGCAAAGCCUCAUCCUUUAUCGAGUCGAUAGUUCAGCUGUACGCCGUUUCAAAUCGGUCACAGAACUUCGGUGUUAUCUAUGAGAAGUUCAUCGAUUCAUAUUAUUUCAAAUUUCUUCUAAACCAACUGGGUGGUUUGAGUUACAAGAACAAGUGUUUAUGCUGGGCAGCUAUUGACCACAUCGUCUGCGGUCGAUGGAUAAAUGGUCAGCUGUCUGGGGUUCGAACGCAUCUCGAAACUGGAAAGGCCAGCGAAGUUUGUGAAGUCUCAGAAACAGAUCCGCCAUUAGCCAACCUGAUAACCGGCAUAUCAAUAGCAAAAAUGGAGUUUGGUGGUGAAUUGGAAAUAUACUUCGGCUGUCUGGCCCAAACUGAAAACAUGGGAGGAUUGGGAUUUGUCAGGUCGAACGAGAAGAAAGAAUUGCUUUCAAUCAGUUUUUUGGAUUCUUAUGACAACCGCCGUUGUAGCAGUACGGUCUAUCAGAGGUACAUCUUAUUGCCUGAGUGA